AUGGACGAGGGAGACAAUUUAACAGACUACGAUGGGUUCCAGGACUACAACUUCACAUCCAUACCUGAAUGCGACGAGUCGAGCCUGCAGAACUUUGACUCCGUGGUCCGCCCCGUCCUCUACGGCCUGAUCUUCCUGGUGGGGGUGCUGGCCAACGGCCUGAUGACCACGGUGCUGCUGAGGCGGCGGCGGCGCCUGCGCAUCACAGAGAUCUACCUGCUGCACCUGGCCCUGGCCGACUUCCUGCUGCUGCUCACGCUUCCCCUGGAGAUCCAGGCCAGCGCCGCGGGCUGGGCGUCCGGCGAGUUCCUCUGCAUGCUGGCCGGCCUGCUCAGGCAGCUCAACCUCUUUGGCGGGAGCCUCCUCCUCGCCCUGAUCGGGUUCGACCGCUACUUGGCCAUCGUGCACGCCGUCCCCAGCAUGCAAAGCCGGCGCCCGAGGAGAGUCCACCUGGCCUGCAUUUCACUGUGGCUCCUCGCUUUGCUCUUAUCCUUUCCCAACGCCGUCUUCCUCUCCGUGGCGAAGGAGGACGACUCGUCCAUACCGGCCUGCUACCACUGUCGCUUUGGGAUACACUCCUCCAACUGGCUCCAGGCCAACAGGGCCCUGAACCUCCUGUGCUUCUUCUUCUCGCUGGCCGUCAUGAGCUACUGCUACACGGCUCUGGUGGUCACUCUGUGCCACAGCCAGAAGAACCAGGCCAAGAAAGGCGCCAUCCGGCUGGCUCUGCUCGUCACGCUGGUCUUCUGCUUCUGCUGGCUGCCGUACAACGUCACCUCGCUGAUACAGGCCGCGUUGGACCUGGGCGGCAUCCCGUACGAGUCCUGCGACUUCCUGGUCCCCCUGAACCAGGCCGUCACCCUGACGCACAGCCUGGGCGUCUCCCACUGCUGCCUGAACCCCUUCCUGUACGCCUUCGUGGGGGUGCAGUUUCGUAACGAGUUGAUCCAACUGGUGUGCCGGCUGGGCGGCAGAGUCUGCGCCUGCUUCCCCAGAGGUCGGAUCCACAGCCGGCCCUCCACCUCUGAGGGAACCAGCACCAACACCACCAACUUCUGA